UCAAACUAACUUCACAGUACCGGAAAUAUCGAUGACAGCUUUUGGCUCGGUUUCGCUUUCGCUCUCUCGCUCUUUCUCUCUUUUCCGGUGUACUCGGCCAUUUGUAAGCAGGCACAUUCUGCAUCGCUGGACAAAUACGAUUGAAAAUGUCGCUCGUGAUUCCAGAGAAAUUCCAGCACAUUCUCCGUGUGCUCAGCACCAACAUCGAUGGUAAGCGUACGGUCCCGACCGCACUGACCGCCAUCAAGGGUGUCGGUCGUCGGUAUGCCCACGUCGUCCUGAAGAAGGCCGAUGUCGACCCGUUCAAGCGUGCCGGCGAGUGUUCCGACGAGGAGGUGGAAAAGAUUAUCACCAUCAUCUCGAACCCUCGGCAGUACAAAAUCCCGGACUGGUUCCUCAACAGACAGAAGGAUAUCGUCGACGGUAAAUUCAUGCAGCUGACGUCGUCCAACAUCGACUCGAAGCUCCGUGAAGAUUUGGAGCGGCUGAAGCGUAUCCACGCUCACCGUGGCAUGCGUCACUACUGGGGUCUGCGUGUCCGUGGUCAACACACCAAGACCACCGGUCGCCGUGGUCGUACGGUCGGUGUGUCCAAGAAGAAGUAAGCACCCAAGUGAACGGACGGUUACUUUCCAAUCCUUCGCGGUGUGUGUUGUGUGAAGGGGUGGGAGGGGGAGGAGGCGGUUUAAAACAAACGUUGUGCGAUGUGCGAAAAAAGGUAGGAACCGUUGUGUUGGUGGGUGUUGUGGCACAUCGGAACGUUCUGAUGUGAGAUGUGCUUUCCAAUAAAUGGUUCUUACGGAAAACAUAUUGUAAA